AUGGUGGUUGAUCCCUCCGAUGGAACUUCAAAAAGUUUUUCAAUUCCUGUUGUUCAGGAAUUGGCAUCUCAGAACCUACACAGCCUGCCUCAAAGGUAUAUCAGAACAGAGAAAGAGCGCCCAAAUAACUCGACGACUCAUCAAUUGGAUAUCCCCAUAAUUGACAUGGGCAUGUUUUUGAGAGAUUCGGAUCUUUGCAGGCAAAAGGAAUUGGAAAAUCUUGGUACUGCAUGCCAGCAAUGGGGAUUUUUUCAGGUUGUGAAUCAUGGAGUUCCUCUGUCUCUCUUGGAAAAAAUGAAGGAUAUUGUCAGGGAAUUCAUUCAACUACCCUUGGAAGAAAAGCUCAACUACAAAAUGCAAGAAAACGAAGACUAUGGUCAGAUGUUUGUAGCCUCAGCUGAUCAAACACUUGACUGGGCAGAUUUAUUGUUCUUGACAACUCUACCUCUAGAGAAUAGGAAAAUGAAUUUUUGGCCAACAAAUCCAACAGAUUUCAAGUACCUAAGUAUUUGUUAA